AUUCGGGACCACUGGGCAGCCCGCCGCCGGCGGGCCCAAGCCACCCAUCCGAUCCGGGCGCCGGGGUUCCCGAUCGCUCCUGGCGGUGCCCGCACACCCCGCCCGGAGCCGGCACCCCGCGGCCUCGUUCCCCUCCGCCCGUCCCCUCCUCGCGUCCCCUCCCUGCGGAGGGAGCACCUUCCCCGGAAUGCCUCCAGGGUCAUGUGGUACGUCAGCACCAGGGGGAUGGCCCCCCGUGUCGACUUUGAGGGUGCCCUCUUCUCUGGCUAUGCGCCCGAUGGGGGCCUCUUCAUGCCUGAGGAGCUCCCACAGCUGAGCAGGGAGACCCUACAUCAGUGGAGUGCACUCUCCUACCCAAGCCUGGUCGUGGAGCUGUGUGCCCUUUUCAUUGGCCCAGAGCUCAUCCCAAGAGAUGACUUAAAUGAUCUGAUCCACCGGGCCUUCCGCAGGUUCCGCCACAGAGAAGUGGUCCGUCUUUCCAGGCUGCGGGACGGGCUGAAUGUGCUGGAGCUGUGGCACGGAGCCACAUAUGCGUUUAAGGACCUGUCCCUGAGCUGCACGGCCCAGUUCCUGCAGUACUUCCUGCAGAAGAGGGGGAAGCACGUCACUGUGGUUGUAGGAACUUCUGGAGACACAGGGAGUGCUGCCAUUGAGAGUGUUCGAGGGGCAAAGAAUGUGAGCAUUAUUGUUCUCCUGCCCCAGGGUCACUGCACGAAGAUCCAGGAGCUGCAGAUGACCACGGUGCUGGAGGAGAACGUCCAUGUGUUUGGAGUGGAGGGAAACAGCGAUGAGCUUGAUGAACCCAUCAAGGCCGUGUUUGCUGAUGUGGCUUUUGUCAAGAAGCACAAUCUGAUGAGUCUGAAUUCAAUCAACUGGUCCCGGGUCCUCGUGCAAAUGGCUCACCACUUCUUUGCUUACUUCCAGUGUGUGCCAUCCUUAGAUUUGCACCCGCUCCCUGCUGUGGAAGUGGUUGUGCCAACAGGGGCUGCUGGUAACCUUGCAGCUGGGUGCAUUGCUCAGAAGAUGGGCCUGCCCAUCCACCUGGUCGCAGCGGUGAACUGCAAUGAUAUCAUCCAUAGGACUGUCCAGCGAGGAGACUUCUCUCUGUCUGAGACUGUCAAGCCAACCUUAGCAUCAGCUAUGGACAUCCAGGUGCCCUACAACAUGGAGAGGAUUUUCUGGCUGCUAUCUGGCUUUGACAGCCAGAUGACAAGAGGCCUCAUGGAGCAGUUUGAAAGGACCCAAAGUGUGAGUCUGCCUGAGGAACUGCAAAGCAAGCUUUCAGCGGCAGUGACAUCUGAGUCAGUGUCAGAUGAGGCCAUCAUGCAGACCAUGGCCCGCUGCUGGCAAGAGAACCAGUCCUUGCUGUGCCCUCACACGGCUGUGGCCGUGAGCUACCAUUACCAGCAGAUGCUCAGGCAGACCCCCAGCCCUCCCCGGUGUUGUCUGGCCCCUGCCUCUGCAGCCAAGUUUCCAGAAGCUGUCAUGGCUGCUGGAUUGAGUCCAGAAACUCCCAUGGAGAUACUAGCCCUGGAGGGAAAGGAGACGCGCUGCACCCCAAUGCGGAAGAGUGACGACUGGACAGUGAUGCUCCGGGACACAAUUGAGAACAUGGGCCGGCGGUGGAGGGCCAUGUCCUGAGUGCUCCCAAGUAUCCUAGCUGCAGCUGGCUCCCUUUAAGCUUCAGACCCCAGGGUGGGGGGUGGGGUGCCCUCGGAGCUACCUUGAGCACCUUCUCUCUGUUAAGAGUUGAUGUGGGAGGUUCUCAGGAGGCUGCUCAGUGGGGUCUGGAGCCAGCUGGCUUUGCUCAUUCCCACAGCUGCUCUGUGCUCUCGCCAUGGUGCUGUGGUCUCAUGCCCACAGGACCAGGGUGCACCAACCACACAACACUGGGAGUGUUGGCCACCAACCACACCACAUUAUAGGGAGCUGGCCACCUUCUGCUGCGGUCUGCACUUGGCAUCCUUCCCCAGGCCGUGGCCCUUUCUGUGGGUGGACCUGGGAGCCUGGUAGUGCUUCUCCGGGGGCCCCACCGGGAGGCUGCUGCAGCCCUGCCUUCCUGGGCUCCUGGAGGUGCACCCCCACCGCUGGACAGCGCAGGGCCUGCAAAUGAAGAUCCUGGGCACAGAGCUGACCUUGGCCCCAGGGUCUGGGACCUCAGACCCUAAGUCUGUGCAGGCAGGGCUGCACACUCCAGAAGCACAGGCCUGGGGCUCCGCUGUCGGCACCUGUUUAUCCAGAGGCAUCGGCUGGCCUUCCCACCCUGCUGCAGUGUCGGAACCCUGAGAAUACAAGUGCAUGCCCAGCGUGAUGGUCACUGUGCUGGCCUGCGGCCGAGGACAGUGGCUGCCAGGGGUGGUAGUGAUGCAUGGUAUGUGCUACAUCCUUCAGCUGCUUUCCAUUGGCCCAGCAUGGAGGGGCAGCAGAGCAGUCAGUGGGCAGGUGGCACAGGUGGGGGGCAAGGUUGAGAUGUGGGAUCACCAGGUGGAAGCGUGUGGGAAAUGCUCCUCACGGUGCAGACUGAGAACCAGUACAAGUACUGGUUCACCUGCUUUAUUAACCCAGGGCAGGUGUCAGAGCAGCAAGAAGCAGGGAUCCCUCAUUGAGCACUAAGAGGAGUCCAGACGCCUGCAUUUCCAUGGUGCCAUGGUCACAGCGCCAGAGAAGUCAGAUCCUCCUCUGAGCACAUGACUGCUCUCCCCUCCGCAUGCCUCUGACGCUGCACUGGCCUCCGGCAGCCCGUCCUUGGAUGAGGCCACAGACCCUCCUCAGGCUGCUGGAGGCUCCGUCCUGUGUCCUGUCCAUCUGUCAGCCCAGCUGGAAAUGACUCCUGUACCUGAAAGUGAGGACUUUGCUGACAAAUAGUGUUCUUCCACGUGCAGAGUGCUCCCUCUCACAAAGGCGUGCUUGAUUCCUCUGCUGUUUUACCAUCUAGCCUGCGUUGUCCAGUUCAGUAACCACUAGCCACAUGUGGCUGUUGAGUACUUGAAAUGGGAAUAAGUAUAACUAAGGAACUGAAUUUUAAAUUUUAUUUAAUGUUUAAUUAAUUUGCAUUUAAAUUUCAAAACUAUUACUUGAAUUGGUUAUUGGAAAACUUUGCAGUGCGGUUGGGAAAUGCUGGUAUGUGAAUCUGCUUUUCAGCUGUAAAUUUUAUGAAGUACAAAAAGUACAGAUGAUAUUUCCAAUGAAAUUAGUUGGAACACUACAUUAGAACUGAGAUAUGCCACAUUAUCAAAUACAUAUGGAACUUCAAAGACUCUGAAUGAAAAAUAUUGAAAAUUUUUCAUUAAUAAUUUUAUAUUGAUCGCAUGUAGAGGAUAAUAUUUUGAUGUUUUGGAUUAAAUAAAACAUUAAAUCAAUUUCA